AUGGAGGGUUCCCUGCUGCAGCGCCUGUUGUGCUACGAAGACCAGAUCCAAAACGGCAAGGAAAACGUGGCGCUCUCAGUUCCCGUUGAGCGUGUUUCGAUUUCGGUGAUUGGAUGUCCGAAGGAGACUUACAGGGGUGAGGCGCGUGUGGCGAUGACUCCAGAGACGUCGGCGCAGUUCGUGAAGAACGGGUUUACGGUGAAGGUGGAGGAGGGUGCUGGAAUGUUGGCGAACUACACGGACGCGAUGUAUAGCGAGGCGGGAGCGAUAAUUGUGAGUCGGGAGGAGGCAUGGCGGUGUGAGUUAGUGUUGAAGGUGCGUGCGCCGGAUGCGGUUGAGGUGGCAUUGUUGAGUAGUGGUGGUAUGUUGAUAUCGUUACUCUGGCCGGCACAGAAUGUGGAGGUGGUGAAGAUGUUGGUGGAGCGAGGUGUAACGGCUUUUGGGAUGGAUCAGAUUCCACGGAUUUCUCGUGCACAAGUGUUUGAUGCGUUAUCUUCAAUGGCAAACAUUGCAGGGUAUAAAGCGGUGGUGGAAGCAUCUCAUCUCUUCGGUCGUUUCCUCGGAGGCCAGAUGACGGCUGCUGGACGUAUCCCACCGGCAAAAGUGCUGAUUGUUGGCGCUGGUGUAGCAGGCUUGUCUGCGAUAGCAACAGCCAAGAAGAUGGGCGCGGUUGUUCGUUGCUUUGAUACUCGUCCGGCUUGCAAGGAACAAGUCGAAAGCUUGGGAGGCGAAUUUCUGGACCUCCCUGGAUUCGAACUUGCCGAAGGCUCAGGAGGCUACGCCAAAGAGAUGACUCCCGAAUUUAUCCAAGCGGAAAUGCUAUUGUUCAGAACACAGGCACAAGAUGUCGACAUCAUCAUCACCACGGCACUCAUUCCAGGACGACCCGCACCCAAACUAUUCACCGCCGACAUGAUCGCCCUCAUGCGACCGGGAAGUGUCACUGUUGACCUCGCCGCAGAACAAGGAGGAAACAUAGAGACCACCGUACAAGACGCAUGCAUCACCACUGCAAACGGAGUCACUUGCGUCGGCUACACCGACCUACCUUCGCGUCUACCCACUCAAGCUUCGCGUUUAUACGCCCAAAAUGUUGCAAAGUUCGUACUAGCACUCAAAGACAAGAACACCAAAGAUCUGUUACUCAACUUCGGAGACCUCGUAGCACGCGCUAGCAUCGUCACACACCGAGGAGAGAAACUCUGGCCCGCCCCUCGACAUCUCUUCCCCGCGCCGCCCGCGCCGAGGGCGAAGCCCGCGGCCGCGGCCAGCGCGGCUCCGGAAGAGGAAAGGAAGAAGACGUUGGCGACUGCAUUAUCAGUUGCCUUCGGUUUGUGUUCGCUGAUAAGUUUGAAUGUGUUGUCACAUGACGUGAACUUGUUGACGAUGGUGGUUGUGUUCGCAUUGGCGGGGACAGCGGGUUAUCAGGCCGUGUGGGGUGUGACACCGGCGUUGCACACGCCGUUGAUGUCUGUGACGAAUGCGAUAUCGGGAGUGACAGCGUUGGGUGGGAUGGUGUUGUUGGCUACUGCGCGUGAGUCGUUUGCAUUGUCCCUGGGCGCGUUGGCUACGGGUGCGUCGUUUGUGAACAUCAUCGGAGGGUUUACAGUGACUGCGCGGAUGUUGGACAUGUUCCGGAGGCCAGGCGACCCGGAGGAACAUAAUUACUUGUAUGGCAUCCCGGCUGCGGCUGCGGGUGUGGUGUACGUGAUUGCAGACGGCGUAUUGGGCGUGGACAUUUCGGAGUUGACGUAUUUGGCCGCUUCGCUCUGCUGCGUGGUUGCCAUUGGCGCUCUGAGCAAACAGACCACCGCGCGGUUCGGCAACGCCAUGGGCGUGGUCGGAGUUUUCCUAGGCGUGCUCUGCACGCUGGGCCUCACACUUGACAAGAGUUCCUUCCGCGCCCGUUUGCUAGCGGGUGCACUCGUGUGUGCCGGUGCAGUCGGCGGCCUCUGGGUCGGAAACCGCGUAGGCGUAACUGAACUGCCGCAGACUGUGGCUGGCUUCCACUCGCUCGUGGGUCUGGCAGCAAUGUUAACUUCCUUAGGACACUUCGUUGUGCACCCAUACUCAGACACGGAGUACUCUAGCACCGCCGGCGCUGCUGCAGCGGCUGGCACCUUCAUAGGCGCAGUGACGCUCACUGGCUCGCUGGUCGCCUUCGCCAAGCUGCAUGGCCUUGUUAAGUCGAAGCCGCUCUCGCUUCCUGGCAAGAACAAGUUGAACCUAACGCUCCUUGUCGUUCAGGCUGCUCUCUUCGUAUUCUUCAUCCAGGGCGGGAACGGUGGCUCUGUCGCCGUUCUGGCGGACGCCACAGGGCUUCAGCUACUGCUUGCUACGGCCGCACUCGCGCUCUUCCUCGGAUGGCACUCUGUCGCAUCCAUCGGUGGCGGUGACAUGCCCGUCUGCAUUACCGUACUCAACUCCUACUCGGGCUGGGCACUGGUGGCUGAGGGAUUCAUGUUGGAUAACCUGAUGUUGACCAUAGUGGGUUCGCUCAUCGGUUUCAGCGGCGGCAUUCUGUCGUACAUAAUGUGUGUGGCCAUGAAUCGUUCUCUUGCGAAUGUACUGUUCGGCGGGUACGCGACGGCUGCGCCGAGCCCGGCUCGAUCUCGCGACCAGCAGAUCCGGAGUCAUCGCGAAGCCACUGUCGAAGAGGUUGUUGAGGCUCUGGCACAGGCGCAGCGCGUGAUCGUUGUGCCGGGUUAUGGCAUGGCCGUUGCGCGUGCUCAGUACGCCGUUGCUGAACUGGCGCAGGUACUGCGAGCCAAAAAGGUGAAUGUGCGCUUCGGUAUUCAUCCCGUUGCAGGCCGCAUGCCCGGCCAGAUGAACGUACUCCUGGCAGAAGCUGGAGUCCCCUAUGACUGGGUCGAGGAAAUGGAAGAGAUCAACGACGACUUUGCUGCAACUGAUGUAGCACUCGUCGUCGGGGCUAACGACAUUACCAACUCCGCUGCCGAAGAAGAUCCCCAAUGUGCCAUAGCAGGCAUGCCCGUCCUACAAGUAUGGAAAGCUAAAACGUGCGUAUACCUAAAACGGUCCAUGGGCGCAGGAUACGCCGACCUAGACAAUCCGGUCUUCUUCAAAGAAAAUACUCUCAUGCUACUCGGAGACGCCAAAAAAACCACUGAUCAGCUCGCAGCUAAACUGAACACCUACUUCCAAGUCUAA